GUGGACACGAACAUCCUGAACGUGGACAUGGCCGCCCUCGGCAACGCCGCGCCCUACGCCACGGGAGACGCGACCAUCUGCAGCUACUGCCGGGCCUGCCUCAGCGCCGUGUCGGUCCUCGCCCCCGUCAGCGACGACUCGGGGGCCGUCGUCGAAGACGUGUACGACUGGACGUGCGAGUUCUGCCACAAUACAAACCGAGUCGAGCUCGGACGGGGAGAACUGCCCGUGGUCGGGCAGGAUAGCGUGGACUACGUCCUGGAGGCCCCGCCCGCUACCGCUGCGGCUGCCACGCAGGGGAAGGGGGCUGGCGCUGACCAGGACGAGUCUGCCGUUCUCUUCGUGAUCGACACGAGCGGCUCGAUGUGCGUGACCACGGCCGUGGAAGGCCAUCUCGCCCUGCGCGGAGACCGCACCAAGGACAUGAGCCGUCUCCUUACCGCAGAGGAUGCCCGCAACCAGCACAUGCCGGGGCAGAGGAGAGGAAUGACGUACGUCUCCAGGCUCCAGUCCAUGCAGGCCGCCAUCGAGGAUCAGCUCGAGACCAUGGCCAAGGAAACGCCGACUCGCCACGCCGGGCUCGUGACCUUCAACGGCGAGGUCUCCCUGAUCGGCGACGGGUCCGGCGACUCCCGCGUCGUGGCCGGGGACCGCCUGUCGGACGGGGAGGCCCUGAAGGAGGUGGGGCGGGCGUACCCGCUCUCGAGGCCCAUCUCGGAGGCCAAGUCUCGCCUGACCGACCGCCUCUUCGCGCUCGAGGAGGGCGGGCCGACCGCCCUGGGCCCCGCCGUCGUGGCCGGGCUGUCCAUGCUCAAGGAACGGGGAGGUCGUGGAUCCCGCCUCGUGCUCUGCACGGACGGGCUGGCCAACGUGGGACUCGGAGCCCUCGACGACCUCCAGAAUGACGAACAGAGGCAGCUUGCCGAGUCCUUCUACGAGGAGCUUGGCCGCGAGUCGUCCGGGAACGGGGUGACGAUCGACGUGGUCUCCGUGGACAGCGACGCCUGCGACCUGGAGAACCUCGGCGCCAUGGCCGACAUCUCCGGGGGCACCGUGACCAGAGUCAAGGCCUCCGACCUCGCGUCCAACUUCGCGGGCAUCCUGGCCAACCCCAUCCUCGCUACUCAGGAUCCCGUCAUUGCGCACUCAACACCUGCUUCAUUCACCCCGACGCUGCGUGCGCUUCCAACGGUUCGUUCCGCUGUGUUUCUGCCCACCACGUUUUGUGAAAACUAUGGAAUCGACAAGGUCUCCGUCCGCGUGACGCUGCACAAGGGACUCAAGUUCCGGAACGCCGACGUCGGGGCCGAAGUGAACACGCUUGACAGGGACAUCGGCAACGUGAGAAUAACCGAAGGCUUCUUACGGGAAAACCCUCCAGCACGAGAUUCCUGGUUUGCAGCCAUAGUUCGGCAGGCGGAGUAG